GACGUCACUGCCCCUUUAAGACCCCCGCCUCCGCCCCAUCCGCAUACUCCGCCGGCUACUCCGAGUCCCUGAGGGCCCCUUCGAAGGGCAGCUCCUCCACCUCAGCCUCGCCAUGGCCUCCGCUGGCCUGCAAAUCCUGGGGAUCGUCCUGACGCUGUUUGGCUGGGUGAAUGCCCUGGUGUGCUGCUCCCUGCCCCUGUGGAAGGUGACCGCCUUCAUCGGCAACAGCAUCGUGGUGGCCCAGGUGGUCUGGGAGGGGCUGUGGAUGUCCUGCGUGGUGCAGAGCACAGGCCAGAUGCAGUGCAAGGUGUACGACUCGCUGCUGGCGCUGCCCCAGGACCUGCAGGCGGCCCGCGCCCUCUGUGUCAUCACCCUCCUCGUGGUCCUGCUAGGCCUGCUGGUCUACCUCGCAGGAGCCAAGUGCACCACCUGUGUGGAGGACAAGGACACCAAGGCCCGUCUGGUGCUCACCUCUGGGAUCAUCUUCGUCCUCUCAGGGGUGCUGACCCUGAUCCCCGUGUGCUGGACGGCCCACGCCAUCAUCCAGGACUUCUACAACCCCCUGGUGGCUGAGGCCCAGAAGCGGGAGCUGGGAGCCUCCCUCUACUUGGGCUGGGCGGCCUCUGGCCUUUUGUUGCUGGGUGGUGGGCUCCUGUGCUGCACCUGUCCCUCGGGGAGAUCCCAGGGCUCCAGCCAUUAUAUGGCCCGAUACUCAGCAUCAGCCCCACACACUGCCUCUCGGGGUCCCUCUGAGUAUCCCACUAAGAAUUAUGUCUAAUUCGGGUGGGGGUGGGGGCUCCCAUGACACUGGCGCCUAACCCUGAGCUGGAACCACGGAGACGGUGAUCCGUGACAGCUUCGGGGUUGCUUUUGCUUCAGAUGUGGGCCCCUGGUUGAUCCUCACCCCUGGAAGACGGAGCCAGAGAGGCGAUGCUUCCAAGUUUGUGCAUCUUUCUCCACCCUGGACACCCCCGUCUUAGAGACCCACCUGGAGCUGAGGGUCCUGUGUGAAGCUCUCUGCCGGCCAGGUGCCUUCACCCUGUCCUCAGGAGUUCCUGCAGUCGCUGGGGGCAAGGGUUCCCCAGGCUUGCAGGGACAAGCCUUCACUCGAAGGUCAGGCUUCUGGAACCCCCAGGGGCUCUUGAGCCUCAUGAAGCCGCUAGGACAGUAGGCGCUAAGUUACCAAAGAACCACCCAAUCUUCAGACCUCCGGCUCCUCCCUCAUGAGUCCUGCCCCCUCGGCGCUUGACCCCCCAGCUUCAACCCCUGUGCACGUCUGCCAGGUCCUGUCCACACUCACCAGUUUUUUCUAAAUAAAGCACGUUUCAUUUUGA